GUAGAAGAUACUUAGAGGGACUUGACUCUCCUCUUUGUGUGCUCCACUGCCUUGCCAUACCUCUCUUUCUCUGUUCCCCCUUUUCUCUGUGGAUUCUUUCCUUUCAGAGGAAACAAAACCGGCCAUCAAGAUGUUGACCAAAAGUUCUAGAACGAGCAUGCGGUCCAGCAGUGGAGGUUUUUCUAGUGGAGGAGGAGGAGGAAGCGGAGGUUUAAGCUUUAGUAGUGGUAGCUAUGCCGGUGGUGGCGGUGGGGGCGGCGGCCGCCAAUUUUCCUCAAGAUCUAUGUCAUUCAUGCAGCCAGCCAGAGUGUCAAGUGUCUCAGUCCGGCAAAACUUUAGCAGUGGUGGUGGUUUCGGCAGUGGUGGAGGUGGUGGUUUCGGUGGUGGUGGUGGUGGUGGUGGAUUCGGCAGUGGUUUUGGAGCUGGUGGUGGCGGCGGCGGCGGCGGUUUCAGUGCUUAUGGUUUCAGCAGUAUGGGUGGUGGAGGUGGCGGAGGAGGUAUGGGAAUGCCCAUCACAAACGUCCAAGUCAACCAGAGCCUGCUGGCCCCCCUGAACCUUGAGAUCGACCCCAACAUCCAGACUGUCCGAACCCAAGAGAAAGAGCAGAUCAAGACCCUGAACAACCGCUUCGCCAGCUUCAUUGACAAGGUUCGCUUCCUGGAACAGCAGAACAAAAUGCUGGAGACCAAAUGGAACCUGCUGCAGGAACAGACCACCACCCGCUCCAACAUUGACGCCAUGUUCGAGGCCUACAUUGCUAACCUGCGCAGACAGCUGGAUGGGCUGGGCAAUGAGAAGGUUAAGCUGGAGGGAGAGCUGAGGAACAUGCAGGGACUGGUGGAAGACUUCAAGAACAAAUAUGAAGAUGAAAUCAACAAGCGUGCUUCUGUGGAGAACGAGUUUGUGCUCCUUAAGAAGGAUGUAGAUGGCGCCUACAUGAACAAGGUUGAGCUGGAGGCCAAGGUUGACGCCCUGCAGGAUGAGAUUAACUUCCUCAGAGCUGUCUAUGAGGCUGAACUUCGUGAGCUCCAGGGACAGAUCAAGGACACCUCAGUCAUCGUGACAAUGGACAACAGCCGCGAUUUGGACAUGGACUCCAUUGUGGCUGAAGUCAAGGCUCAGUACGAGGCCAUCGCCAACCAGAGCCGUGCUGAUGCUGAGUCAUGGUAUCAACAGAAGUACCAGGAGAUGCAGAGCUCUGCAGGCCAGACCGGAGAUGAACUUCGCAACACCAAGAGUGAGAUCGCUGAGCUGAACCGCAUGAUUAGCCGCCUACAGAAUGAGAUCGAGGCCGUCAAGGGACAGCGUGCCAACCUGGAGGCCCAGAUCGCUGAGGCUGAGGAGCGUGGUGAGCUGGCAGUGAAGGACGCCAAGGCCCGCAUCAGGGACCUGGAGGAAGCCCUGCAGAGAGCUAAACAGGACAUGGCCCGCCAGGUGCGCGAGUACCAGGAGCUCAUGAACGUCAAGCUGGCUCUGGACAUUGAGAUCGCCACCUACAGGAAGCUUCUGGAAGGAGAGGAAUUGAGAAUUGGCCAUGGCGGUGAAAAUGCAACCAUCCACAUACAGUCCUCAAGCAGCGGUGGUGGAGGCGGCGGCGGCGGCGGC